CAAUAUCGCUCCGUAUUAAAAAGUGUAAACACAAGGCAGUGUGAUCGCUGGCUCAGGCAACUGAUGUUGAGUGCUUUUCUUGAGUAAUUGUUCAACAUUCUUAGUGAGUUUCUUUACGCUGUUUUCACCAGACAGUCGCUGAGAUGCAGUGGUGGGUAGCAGUGCUGGCGAGUGCUGCAGUGUUGCAGACAGUGCUGGCUAGCAAAAUACUCUUCUUGGCACCCAUCUCUUCUCGUAGUCACAAAAACUUUUAUAUGGCAAUCAUCAAUAUCUUGGCUGAUGAUAACAACCAGGUGACGUUAGUGACCCCGAUCAAGCCAUCAAAGGAACGGAACAAUGUUCGUGAGGUGGUCCUGACAGGCGUGGAUUUACUGGAUAGGGUUCCCAAUAUGUUCACUGGACAUAAUGUCUGCCCACUGGCACUGUUAAGUGUUACACCGGUUCUGUGUUCUGAUGCUCUGGGGAAGGAAGAAGUUCAGAAUUUACUGAAAGAAGAUUUUGAUUUGGUUCUCCUCAGCGUAGCUAUGUCUGACUGUUUCUUGUCAUUGAUUUAUCAGAUGAAGGUUCCUUUCGUAUACGUUAAUCCAGCAGGGCUGAUGGGGCCAGUCUCAUCAAUGACAGGUAACCCACGCUUUCCUUCCUAUGAUGCCUCUCCUAUAUUAGCCUACAAACAUCCUAUGACCUUCAUGCAGCGAGCAAUCAGCACUUUAUCCGAGGUUCUCGGUGAUUUCCUCAUGUCUUAUGUUGCGGCCAACAGGAUAGAAGAAGAAUGUCGCAGGAGAGGCCUGUGUCCCCCUGACAUGCCAAGUCUUUCAGAAAUUCGCAUUAAUGCUAGUCUUUUAUUGAUAAACAGUGUACUUACCAUCGACUACCCGGCUCGUCCCAUUGUUCUUGCCGUGGUUAAUUGUGGAGGCAUCCAUCUCCGUCCGGCACAGCCUCUCCCAAAAGACCUCGAAGAUUGGGUGCAAGGUGCUGGUGAUGAUGGCUUCAUCUUCUUCAGUCUUGGUUCGGCUGUCACACCAUCCGACAUGCCAGAGGAGUACCGCACUGUCCUUGUUCAAGUGUUUGCUUCCCUCAAGCAGAGAGUCUUGUGGAAGUGGGAUAAGGACACUAUGGAUGACCUGCCCCCAAAUGUCCGUCUUGGCAAGUGGCUCCCACAACAAGAUAUUCUUGGUGACCCUCGCUUGCGUUUGUUCAUCACACACGGUGGGUUGUUGAGCACCCUGGAGUCCAUGUACAACGGUGUAUCAGUGCUGGGAAUCCCUGUGUUUGGUGACCAGCAGGCUAACAUGAUCAAGGUGCAGAGGGAUGGCUGGGGCAAAGUGCUCUUCUGGGAUCAACUUACUUUUGAUAAUCUCAAGAAUAUGAUCAACAGCGUCAUGAAUGACACAAGCAUGAAAAUUGAGGUAGCAACAAGGUCCAAAAUUAUGAUAGAUCGUCCACAAGAGCCAGCAGAGGUGGCCCUCUACUGGAUCAAGUAUGUUAUACGACACCAGGGAGCAUACCAUCUCCGCUGUCCUGCUGUCACCAUGACAUGGUACGAGCUGUACAACGUGGACGUGUGGGCAACAGUAGUUGUUUUGCUCGUCAUUAUCAGCUAUGUCUCAGUACGACUUAUAAUUUCCUUGUGUUCCUGGCUCUUCUCCAAAUCCAAGGCCAAAACUGAUUAAAAUUGUUCUUGCCUAGAGUAUGUUUCCUGUCAUUCCAUUACAUGCACUGUUAAGUCCGAGUGCUUCGAUGGGAAACUAUUAUUACACACACAA